GCAGUGAGCCAGCCGCGCCAAGAGCCGUGCCGACCCGCAGCGAGCAGGACGCCUGCCCGCAGCCGCUUCUCGGCCACUAUGGAUCUAUUCGACUUUUUCAGGGACUGGGACUUGGAGCAGCAGUGUCACUAUGAACAAGACCGUAGUGCACUUAAAAAAAGGGAAUGGGAACGGAGGAAUCAAGAAGUCCAGCAAGAAGAUGAUCUCUUUUCUUCAGGCUUUGAUCUUUUUGGAGAGCCCUACAAGACAAACAAAGGUGAUGCCCUUGCCAACCGAGUCCAGAACACGCUUGGAAACUAUGAUGAAAUGAAGGAUUUACUAACUAACCAUUCUAAUCAGAAUCAUCUAGUGGGAAUCCCAAAGAAUUCUGUGCCCCAGACUCCCAUCAACAAAAAUGAGCCAAGCUUUUUUCCAGAGCAAAAGAACCGAAUGAUCCCACCUCACCAGGAUAAUACCCACCCCUCAGCACCAAUGCCUCCGCCUUCUGUCGUGAUACUGAAUUCCACUCUAAUACAUAGCAACAGAAAACCGAAACCUGAAUGGUCACGAGAUAGUCAUAACCCUAGCACUGUGCCAGUAAGCCAGGCCAGCAGUCAGCCAAACAAGAUACAGACUUCCACACAGGACCAGCCUCAAGCCAGACUGGAAGACUUCUUUGUCUACCCAGCUGAACAGCCCCAAAUAGGUGGAGCUGAAGAGUCAAACCUAUCUGCAAAUGAAGAUGGUAACCCCAAGUCUGGUGGAGAAGAUGCUUUCAAAGAAGUCUUUCAAUCCAAGUCACCAGAGGAAUCUGAAUUUACACUUCAAGCACCUGGGUCUCCCCUAGUUGCCUCAUCUUUAUUAGCUCCUAGCAGUGGCCUUUCAGUUCAGAACUUCCCACCAGGGCUUUACUGCAAAACAAGCAUGGGGCAGCAAAAGCCAACUGCAUAUGUAAGACCCAUGGAUGGCCAGGACCAGGCACCAGACAUCUCUCCGACACUGAAACCUUCAAUUGAAUUUGAGAACAGCUUUGGGAAUCUCUCAUUUGGAUCGCUCCUGGAUGGAAAACCCAGUUCAAAGACUAAAUUGCCAAAGUUCACGAUCCUCCAAACAAGUGAA